AAGAGAUGACGCUCCCAUCUACUCAUACCUAAUCAAUGAGUUAACUCAUGACAUGCACCGAGCAUUGGGUGUCCCUCCUCAUAAACACCAGCACGCAAUCAUCAAUGCAGAGAGAGAGAGAGAGAGAGAGAGAGAGAGAGAGAGAGAGAGAGUCGAAGGAAGGAAGCUGGUGGUAUUGAAUGAGUUAGGCUUCCACGGUUUUGAGCAUUCACCCGCUUGGGUUCUGCGGUGUUUUUCAGGUGGCGGGUGUUAUUUCUCCCAUUAAAUGAAGCUGGCUUUGAAUGGGUUUCAAAUCUUACGGUCUUCUUCUGUCGGGACUCGGAAGGGAAGGAUUUAGUUUCAUCAGGAAGUGAGAGACUCGAGUGUUAUCAGACUUGCUUUUUCGCUGCCUAUAUAAGAAGCUGCUGAAGUAUUUAAGCAUGUCUACCAUUGCUGUGGACUUCCCUGUGGUGAGUUCUUCUCUCUUCUCCUUCCUUCUCCACAGUUAUGAACGCUUCCCAACUCCCUGGGGAUGUAGAAGAAUGUAGCAGCUGCGAGUCUGGAUGGACCAAGUAUCUUUCUUCCCCUGCGCAUGAUGAUGACGGAAGUGAGGUGGAAUCUGUUGUCGGGGAUGCUGGUGAAGACACAGGUCACGAGAGCAAGGAGAGUGAUGAUGACUCCAUGGCUUCUGAUGCUUCCACUGGUUUGAUACAGAGCAAGGAUUCAGACGGCAUGGUUCACUCCAAGUGUAAUGAUGAUGAUGAUGAUGAUGAUGAUGAUGAUGAUGGAUUCAGGAACAAGAAGCAGACUCAGUGUUCUUCCCACUCCAACAAGCAAUUCUGUAAGGUGGAGGAAGCCAGAAGUGAAAGAGAAGAUUUUGCUGCUCUACAUAGCAACUCCAAAGCAAGAAAGAAAAAGUUGAAGUAAUUGGUUUGCAGGCAGGUGAGAGGACUGGUGUUUGAUAGUCCAUGAUGAACAGUUUACCUUGCUGUAGGAAUAAUUUGAUGGAAAUGGAGGCCGGAAUCUGAAACCCAUGUGUUGUUUGUUGAACAGUGUUGGUAUCAGCAUCAACAUGUCUGCAUGGCAUUUGAACUUGCAAUGCUGGUCUAUAUGUUUAGGCUUCUUCUUCUUCUUUUUCUUGAAGGGAAUUUAUGCUCAUCUUCUUCUCCAAGUAGAGUUGAGAGGCUAUCAUCAUGCAGUUGCUGGUAACCCCCCCUUUUCUUUUUCUUCAGUAAAAUGAAAAUUCACUUAAA